AUGAGGGAGGCAGCGCUGGCUCUCCUGGGCAUUUCAGGCAGCGUGGCCAAGCCGCCUUCUACGAGGUAUAAAGGUCCUCUGUUAGAGGAAGAAGUGCUCAGCAAAGCAAUAGAAAAUGGAUUAUCUUCACCUGAAUUUUCUGAGCUUUGUAUUUGGUUAAGUUCCCAAAUAAAAUCAGUGUGUGAUCUGGAAGAAAGCAUCACUUCAACAGCUGGUGGGGAAGAUGUUGAAAGCUUCCAGCUUGAGAUUAGUGGUUUUUUAAAAGAAAUGGCUUGUCCUUAUUCAACACUUGUGUCUGGAGACAUUAAAGACAGGUUAAAAAAGAAAGAGGAUUGUCUUAAACUCCUGUUAUUUUUAAGUACAGAGCUUCAAGCUUUACAGAUAUUGCACAGCAAGCAACUUAAAAGUUCUCAUUUGGAAAAGAAUAAUGAAAUGUAUCAGGAAGUACAAACUAUUUGUGACUCGCUGGGCCUAUCAAAGUCAUCAUCUUCUGAUAGUCCUCUUUUGUUAAGCAAUGUGGAAUCAAAGAUCAAGGACAUUCUUUUGAAAGUAAAAAAUACUCACGUGGGGAAACCACUAUUAACAACACCUUUGAAUCCUGAUCAAACGGAAAGAUUGGAAAAAAUCAAUGAUGUCCUCUGCAGUGAAUAUGAAUGUCGUCGUCGGAUGUUAAUGAAGCGUCUAGAUGUGACAGUACAAUCCUUUGGAUGGUCUGAUAGAGCAAAGGUUAAAACAGAUGACAUAGCAAGAAUUUAUCAGCCUAAGCGUUAUGCACUAUCUCCUAAAUCAACCAUUACAUUUGCCCAUCUCCUUGCUGCUCGAGAAGACUUCUCAAAGAUCAUUAGGACAAGCAGUGGAUCUACUCGAGAAAAAACAGCCUGUGCCAUCAAUAAGGUGCUGAUGGGGAGAGUGCCAGAUCGUGGAGGCAGACCCACUGAGAUUGAACCACCGCCUCCUGAAAUGCCCCCUUGGCAGAAGAGACAAGAAGGUGGUGGGCGGGGUAGCUGGGGGGGAGGAGGCCACAAGGCCGUAGGUAGAUUAGAGAGAAAAACAAAACAGUUUAUCGGAAUCCAGAAUUUAGUCCUAAAAUUAGAUGACUGGUUUAUUUUAACAAACAACCAGAUUCAGCAGGUUUUAUUUAAUUUGUUGGAUAAUCUCCAAAUAUGUGACAAUGGAUGCAACAACAUAGUUGAUUCUUUCAAUAUCUAG